CUUUCCUGUCAGUGUCGAGCACAACUACUACCCUGUGAAAAGGGCCACAUCCAACUUUCACACUGCUGAAAUGGAUCGAUGUUUGCUGUAUUUCGUGCUCAUGCUCAUGUAUAGAAAUGGAUUUUCUCAAGAACAAGAAAUCUGCUCUAAGACAGUGAUAAACUCCUGUGAUGACUGCAUCAGAUCCGGACCAUACUGUGUGUGGUGCAAACAGCUGAAUUUCACCAAAGCUGGUGAACAGGAGGCAUCACGCUGUGACACCAAGGCUCAGUUGAAAGCAAGAGGCUGCAAAGAUGAAGAUAUCAUAUCCCCAACAAACAAGCUCAGGAUCAUCAAGGCAACGCCUCUGUCCACAUCAUUCAACCAGCAGGAGCCGGUGCAGCUGAACCCGCAGGAGAUUAAACUCAGACUGAGACCCGGGCUGCCGACCACAUUCACUCUGUCUUUUAAAAGAGUUCAGGGCUAUCCAGUCGACCUCUACUAUUUAAUGGAUCUGUCGUACUCCAUGAAAGAUGACUUGAUGAAAGUUAGAGGACUGGGAAAGGAUCUUUUUGCGACGCUGAAGCGCAUCACUGAGCAUGCCCAAAUUGGAUUUGGGUCCUUUGUUGAUAAGACUGUCCUUCCAUUCACAAACACCAACAAGGAGAAGCUGCAGAAGCCAUGUGACCAGAAUGACCAGCAGUGUCAGCCUGCCUUUGGCUAUCGGCAUGUUCUUAGUAUGACUGACAAGGAGGAUCGUUUCAGACAAAAUGUGGAAAAGCAAUUAAUUUCUGGGAACCUGGACUCUCCAGAAGGGAGUCUUGAUGCCAUGAUGCAGGCUGCUGUAUGUGGGAAUAAAAUAGGCUGGAGGAACAGCAGCACCCGGCUGAUUGUGCUCACUACUGAUGCUGGAUUUCACAUGGCUGGAGAUGGAAAACUGGCAGGAAUACUGGAGCCCAAUGAUGAACAAUGCCACAUGGAGAACAAUGUCUAUGCAAAGAGCAAUCAGAUGGACUACCCCUCUGUUGGACAACUUGCAUCUCAGCUGGAGAAGAACAAUAUUCAGCUUAUCUUUGCAGUGACAGAAAAUGUGCAAAGCACGUAUCAGAAACUUAGUAAAAUGAUUCCAAAAUCUGAAGUUGGCGUUCUAUCAUCAGAUUCUACAAAUGUUGUUAGGCUGAUUGACGAUGCCUACAAAAAACUGUCCUCCAAAGUAACUGUGACCCACGACAGUCUUCCUGACAACAUAAGAGUUGUUUACUCUCCGAUCUGCGAGCAUGCAGAAGAAGCAGGGCCCACGAAGGGGAUCUGUGACAAAGUACGCGUUGGACAGGAGAUUUCUUUCAACAUCACAGUGACGGCAGAUGUGUGUAUGGAGGAAAAAUCCUUCAUUAUCAGACCUCGUGGCAUUAAAGACACCCUGAAGGUGACCUUAUCAACAAACUGCGAGUGUGAGUGUGACAACCCAGAUACCCACAACCACCCACACUGUGAAUCCAGGGGAAGAGUCAGCUGUGGCAUCUGCAGCUGCAGCGACGGCUUCGUGGGUCAGUUUUGUCAGUGUGCUGUUGGUGAUAAGGACGAGGGCUCCCUGAGGGCGUUGUGUCAGAGGGAGAAUGGCACUGAGUGUGAGGGUCGUGGAGACUGUGUCUGCGGCCGCUGCCAGUGCUACACCACAGAAAGUGGAACCAGUUACCACGGCGACUUCUGUGAGUGUGAUGAUGAGCACUGUGAGAAGUUCCAGAAUCUGCUAUGCGGAGGAAAAGGGAAGUGCAACUGUGGCACGUGUGAAUGUUACUCAGGAUAUGAGGGCUCGGCCUGUCAGUGUGUCAAGUCUGAUGAGUCGUGUCGGACUGAAGACAAAACUGUCUGCAACGGCAGAGGAACCUGCAAAUGCAAUCGCUGUGAAUGUAAUGAGGGAUACCAGCGUCCGCUAUGCCAGACGUGCCUCGGCUGCCCCGACCCCUGCCAGACCAAACUAAGCUGCAUUGAAUGCCUUGGCUUUCAGAAGGGCCCCUUCAGUAAAAACUGCAGUGCAGCUUGCACAGGAAUCAAUUUUGACCAACUUGUGGACACCUUCACCAUAUCAACAAUCCAGUGCCAUCAGAAGGACUCAGAGGGUUGUUGGAUCAGAUUUAGGCUUGAGCAGUUAGUCGGAGAAAAUAAUUAUGAGGCUGAAAUUCUGAGAGAGAGAGACUGUCCUAAACCACCGAGUGUUGCAACCAUUAUUGGAGGCUCCCUCGCUGGUGUGGCUCUAAUCGGCAUCCUGUUGCUGAUGCUCAUCAAAUUGAUCAUCUACAUAAAGGACCUGAAAGAGUACAGGAAGUUUGAAACUGAACAGAAGAGAUCCAAGUGGGCAGAUGCUAUCAACCCAAUGUUCCAGAGUGCCACCACCAAUGUGAAGAACCCCUUAUUCACUGGAGAAUGAGCUUGAAUGCUGCAGCAGCAGGAGUUCAGUACCCUUUGGCUGCAGGACACAUGAUCCCUGUGGUCUGCUGAGCGCCUUUUUGCAGACACAUUGCUUUCAAUUGCUUUUUUUUUUUUUUUUUGUCAAACUGCAGUAAUUUUAAUUUACACUGGACAAGCAGAAAAUGGUCACUGAAUAAUUAAGGCGAGCAUUUAAUAAUUUGUUAUUUAGAAUAUAUUUGUAUUAAUCUGAUCAGUCAUGAUUCAGGUAUCUGACUUCAGAAACAAUUCCAAAAUUUAAAUGAAAGAAUGAAUGAAAUGCUACGCCCUGCGUUCUCUACACAUAACAAUAUGAAUAUACAAGCACACAUCUCUCUGUAAUGGUAUUUUUGACAGUAUGACGUC